AUGGAGUCAGAUCCGGAUCCGGUCGUCGAUAUCAGAUCUACUGCACCGCCUGCAGGAGAUCCUAUGGCGUAUUUAAGUUUCCUUCGUUUAGUACUAAUAGAACAAAAGCCGACUCCAGAGCUACAAUCGCAACUUCUUGCUGCAUUGAACGACGUGUUGCAAGAUGUUGAUAUCGCCAACAUUGUGGGCUGGGAAGCUAUGACUAUUCUUCUGGAAGUUCCCGGGUCGGAUGAUUGUCUCAUCACGAUUGCACGUCUUGCCAAUCCGAGGGAACUCAUCAUCUCGAUUCUAGCAGAGUUGAAAAGGCUAGACCUAGAUGGAAUUGAAGAUGACUGGCAUGGGGGAGAAGAUGGUGUAGAAAAUCAGAAUAAAACAGCGAUAUCAAACGACCUCGAUCGAUUCUGUUUCAUACUUAGCCUUCUUUCCAUCAUUCACCCUCGAAUCAAAACCAAACAUCCUUCGCGCUUCUUAGCAACUACCAUACAUGCCAUUGUGCAAGCGUUCCAUCCUUCACACCGAGCUGUCAUGGCGAUUGGCAAGUUUGCGCACAUAGUCUCGGGCAAGAAGCGACCUACACUACCGGGACGUAAAUCGAGUCUCAGUAUCGCCAGCGUCAUGCGCCCAGAGAUAGAAUCAAAUUUGCCUCCGGCACCCGACCCAGAAGCACAAGAAGAGGAUACUUACGAAUCUGCCAUACAAAAGAAGCUUUUGCAGGGACUUGUGACGCAUAUGCUGGAAAUGUACAUCGAUGUGUAUCCUUUAGAAUGGGCCGGAAGAUUGCAGGAAUCCUUUGAUCCAAAAAGAGUUGUAGCAGGUAGAACGAGUUUGGCAGAGGCAUUUCAAACCACGCCCGAGUAUCAAACUCGAGAAACAGUUGCUGGUCAGCUUGUGUCCCUUGCUCGCGAUCUCGAAUUGGCCAAUUACGAUCUUUUAUUCGAUACUAUCCAUUCAAAAGAACCCAUUGCACAUGCUCCAAAUCCCGAAGAUGAUCUACCGGACUCGCCUGAAGACAUUCCACUUUCCCCUGUUGGCUGCCUAUUUCUUCUAACUUCUUUCAUAUUCUCAUCCGUCAUGUUCAAGUCGAAGACACCAGAACCAGUCAUGUCUAUAUUCCCUGAUCAUGCCAAAUUGGUUGCCCGAUUUUUCGAAACUGCGGCUGGCUCAUCUAUUGCCAUUGCUGAUGCAGUAGUUGCAAUUGGGAUAUGGUUGGAACAUUCCAAUAAAUUUGUAUCUGGGGAGUUCAAAGACAAUGACUAUAUGGCACAUCUAAGGGCUUUAUCAUUAUGGUCUGCCACAAACCCUUCUCCUGGCAUCCGUUAUUGUACUCACAAAUUAACCUCUGCCAUCCUACAUGCUCAUCCUGUGGAUGCCAUGAGGUUGACUUUCAUAUCGAAGACACUGAAGGGAACUUCGGAUGAAAUCGGCGCGAUAGCACUCAAGGCAUCUGCAAUCACAUGGCUCAAGGAAGAGUUGAUCACAGCUCAUGAGAGGAAAACACAAACCUUUUUCUCUACCACCUCUGCACUUUUGGAGACACAAUCCCAAAUCUUCCCAAAUCUUUCGACGCUUGUCGACAAAUCUGAUGAAGAAUUGAGUGAUGAAUUGAUAGAGUCAUUUCCAGUCCACAUGGCCGCACUCAAUUUUCUAUUUUUCGUCGUAGGAAAGCAAAAUGCAAAUAUCAUUCCUCCUGGAAUGAUGUCGCGAGUCGAGAGCGAAUAUUUAACUCCAUUAAAGACUGCGCAAGAAAGUGCAUUGAAGUUUUUAGCCUCGGUCAACGAUACAGAAGCUCCACACAUGGAAUUUGAACUAUUGGGUGAACAGAUCUCAAUGUGUUUUUCGAAACUCCAUGAGAAAUGA